AUGGAGCUCACCUGCUCUACUUCUUCUUUUGCGAGAAUUUCAGCUACAACCAUUCAUUCCAGCGCUUCUUAUCAUCUUCAGACCAAGAUACCCAUCAAGCCCAAGUGUCUCCCGGGCUUGCUCCUCCGAGGCUCAAAACUUUCGAUUCCGCCAAGACUUGGGUCUCAAAGAAACUGCUCUCAGCGGGUGGCUAGCAGGGCGCGCAGGAGUAAUUCCAUCUGGGCCUGCAGUCAAGUUGGAGCUGGGUCUGAUCAUGUAGUAACCAAGUUCUCGAAUUUCAAAGAUGCAUGCUGGAGAUUUCUGAGGCCCCAUACGAUACGUGGAACGGCUUUAGGGUCCACUGCUUUGGUGGCAAGAGCAUUGAUUGAGAACCCAGAGCUUAUAAAAUGGUCUCUUGUGGUAAAGGCAUUCUCUGGCCUUCUUGCUCUACUGUGUGGGAACGGGUAUAUAGUUGGCAUCAAUCAAAUCUACGACAUCGGAAUAGAUAAGGUUAACAAACCUUAUUUACCUAUUGCUGCUGGGGAUCUUUCAGUCCCAACUGCAUGGAUGUUGGUGAUACUUUUUGCAGUGACGGGUGUUCUCAUUGUUGGACUGAACUUUGGUCCAUUCAUCACUUCUCUUUACUGCCUUGGUCUUUUCCUGGGCACCAUCUAUUCCGUCCCUCCGUUUAGAAUGAAGAGAUUUGCAGUUGCAGCAUUUCUUAUUAUCGCAACGGUACGAGGUUUUCUUCUCAACUUUGGUGUCUACCAUGCCACAAGAGCUGCCCUUGGUCUUCCAUUUGAAUGGAGUUACCCUGUGGCAUUCAUUACAUCCUUUGUGACACUUUUUGCUCUGGUCAUUGCUAUAACAAAGGACCUUCCAGAUGUAGAAGGGGAUCGCAAAUUUAAGAUAUCAACUUUGGCAACGAAACUUGGCGUUAGAAAUAUUGCAUUCCUUGGUUCUGGACUCUUGUUGUUGAACUAUAUCAGUGCUGUAUUGGCGGCUAUUUACUUCCCGCAGGCUUUCAGGGGUAGCUUAAUGAUACCUGUACAUACCAUCCUAGCAACAUGUUUGAUAUUCCAGACAUGGCUGCUGGAACAGAGGAAAUAUACAAAGGAAGCAAUCUCAGAGUUCUACCAGUUCAUUUGGAAUCUUUUCUACGCCGAGUACUUCAUUUUCCCUCUAAUCUAG